UCUUUCUCAAGCCUUAUUUAGUUAGCAAAAUUGAUGUAACGAUAUUGUAGAUACCAUUUUAACAUUUAUAUACAAAAUGGCAUUUCGCGUGUUAUCAUUGUUAUAUUUAAGUAGUAAUUCUACGAGAUGUGGAUUAUCAAGAAGAUUUUUUGCGAGUACUGGCAAAGAAAGCAAACAAGCAAGUGCAUUAGUGUUAAACAAACGAAUCAAAUUUAAUGUGAUAAAAGAAAAAGCGUUGGCUGAAGAAGCUAGGAAGGAAACUGUACUUAUUGUUUCAGAUAAUGAAAAUGUUGGUAUAUGUUCAGGAGUUCCAGAAGAACAUUUAAAAACUCGCACAGUUCGUAUUUAUUGUCCUGCAAAAAGUGCUAUGCAAUCUGGGACAAAUAACAUAAAUUAUUGGCAAAUAGAUUUUGAUACACGUGAACGCUGGGAGAAUCCGCUUAUGGGAUGGACUUCAACCGGAGAUCCUUUAUCAAAUCUCCAAGUGGCAUUUGCUACCAAGGAAGAAGCUACUAAAUAUUGUGAUAAAAUGGGAUGGAAGUAUUACAUUCAGAAACCAAAUGUGAAUAAUCCAAAGCCUCGUAGCUAUGGUACUAAUUUUUCAUGGAACAAGCGUACUAGAGUAUCAACUAAAUAAAGAAUAAAAAUUUGUUAGAAAA